CGGAAGUGCUGCGGGAGCGGGGCGGAAGCGGCGCUGGCGGCGGCGGCGGGCCCGGGGAUGCGGUGCGUGGUGACCGGGGGCAACGUGACCGUGCUCGCAAGGGCGAUUCACGCCUUGGCCCGGGUCGGAGAGGAGUGUUACCUCGAGGCCUUCCCGGAGGGGCUCGCCCUGCGGACCGUGAACCCCUCGCGCUCCGCCUACGCCUCGUUCCUCUUCUCCCCCCUCUUCUUCCAGAAGUUCGAGGAGGGCAGCUGCCGGGGCGCCCGCAAGCUCGUCAUGAAGUCGAUGGUCUCCGUGUUCAAGUCGUCUGCGUCCGCGGACAAGGUGGUGGAACUCUGCAAGCUGGUGUUGGACAAGAGCGGAGACCGACUGCUUGUCCAGUUCCUGUGCCGGCACGGCAUCACCAGGACCCACAACCUCUGCCUGACGGACUCUGAGACGCUGGAGGCCGUCUACUCCGAGCAGGACUGCGGGAACAGCCUCUGCGCUCAGCCCAGGCUGCUGACGGAGACGGCGGUGCACUUCCGGGGAGCCAGGAGGAGGUGACGCUGGAGGUGGACGCUCGGAGAGCCCCUACUGAGGAACUACACAGAGCCGAACUGCGACCUGAAGAAGACGGUGCUGACCGAGCUGGCGCUCACGGCUCAGGAGUUCGACCACUUCUCGGUCAACGACCCCUUGGAGAUCACCUUCUGCCUGAAAGAGUUGCGGG